AUGUCGUCCGACAACAACCAGCAGGUUAUGGACGUGCUCUCGAGCAUCUCGGGCCACUUUCGUCGGGUCACUGAUAAUGCCGCCGAGUUCAUCGACAAGGGCGUCGACAAGGCCUCCGAGGCCGUCCGCGAGAGGCUGGCGACGGUCGAGUGGCUGCCCGAUAUCGUGAAGCCGCUCCCCCCACCCAAGCCAGAGGUCAUUGUCGUGCCCCUGUCCAGCAUCGAGAAGCUGCAGAACUGGUUCUCAAGGAACAAGUACCUGAUCGGAGCCACCAUCGUCGUCACCAGCGCUAUCGCCUACAAGGGCUACCAGCAGAACAAAUACGUGCGAAAGGUGCGGAGGGCCAAGCGAAGCAAGAAUGGCGGCCGCAGCGAGGUCAUUGUUAUCGCGGGGUCGCCUCGACUGCCGCUGACCAAGACGCUGGCUCUGGAUAUGGAGAGGCGCGGAUUCAUCGUCUUCAUCGUCUGCAAUGCCACUGAAGAUGAGGCCGCCGUCAAGUCUUUCUCCCGCCCAGACAUCAUGCCUCUCACCAUUGACACCACAAAUCCACCCAAUGCCGGACUCGCUAUUGAGCGCUUCGCCCACUUCCUCACAUCUCCCAGAGCUCCAGGCCCCAACAUCAAGCCGAACCAGCUGACCCUCAAAUCCGUCUUCCUGAUUCCCAGCCUCCACUACCAGACCUCUCCCAUCGCCACCAUCCCUCCAUCAGCCUUUGCCGACCUUUUCAACACCCACCUGCUGCAGCCCAUCCUCACCAUCCAGACAUUCCUGCCGCUGCUCACAUCAAGGCUCGGCCCCAUUGGCGAGAAAUGGGUCCCUCCCAAGGUCCUGGUCUUCACUCCCUCCAUCAUCUCUUCCAUCAACCCGCCCUUCCACGCUCCCGAGGCCACCGUCUGCUCCGCGCUCUCAGCUUUCACCGAGGUCUUGACGGCCGAACUGCGACCACUCGACAUUCCCGUGACCCACAUGCAGCUUGGCACCUUUGACUUCUCCGGCUUCGUGCCGAUCCGCACCGGCUCGCCAACCCAGGGCCUGGUGACCAGCGCAGGAAACCCCGAAGACACUUUGAUCUGGCCCGAUGGUGCCAGACAUGUCUACGGACGCAACUUUGUUGCCCAGACCGCAUCUGCCAUCUCUGGAGCCCGCAUCCGUGGCCUGAAGGGAAGCUCUCUCCGUCAUCUCCAUGCCACCGUUUUCGACGUCAUCGACGGCUCCGUCAAGUCUGACACCGUCCGCAUCGGCCUCGGCGCCAGUAUCUACGGGUUUGUUGGCCGAUGGGCCCCCCGAAGCAUCGUCUCAUGGAUGAUGGGCAUCCGCAAGGUCGAUGAGCUCUCCACCUGGAAGACGAGCUCAUACGAAGGCUCCGAGGAUGGCAGUGACGACGAGGGCGCAGAGGGAUCCAUCUCCGAAUCCAAGGAGUUCAUUGCUGUCCAGUCUGAGGGCAAUGUCUGGAACUCUGGAGAGACUGCCAAGUGGGAGGAACCUGCUCCCGAGGCCACCGCUGCUUAA